AUGACAAGCCUGUCGCGGUUUAGUGGCUGCCCUCUUUCUUGCGUCAACCCUGGGGAGAGCAAUACUGAACCCAGCGUGAUGCUGCCACCUUUGGCAGAGGAGCACAUGGGGCACCCCACUGGCAGUUCCUUAAAACUCUGCCCCUCUCAAAAUUUGCGAGACUACCACGAGACGAGGGCCAGUGCAUAUGUUGACCACUCGGUUACCCAUUUUCCAGACACUGGAUACACCAGUCAUCGCUUAGAACCCAGUCCUAGGGGCAUUAUCAUUGGGACAAAUCUGUCAGCAGCAGGCAUGCCACCAGUAACUGAUCAGCUGGCUCCGAGACCUAACCAACAUGGCAAUAUUGGAAGGUACCGUGACCUCCACAGCUAUAGAGAUGGCAGGAGCCACGCGUUCUUCACCGCCUAUCAAGAGCAGGCCCAUGGCUCGUCAGACGCAACCCGAGAUCUCAGCAGCCAAAUGAUGUUGGGUCUUCCAGGAGAUCUUCUCUCACGAACGCACCCGUACGGGCAGCCGGUCAGUGGCCCCAGGGCCAACAGCCAGCAGCUUGUCAGCCAGUUCUUGGAGUUCUAUAAGCCUCUGAAUAUGGCCAUGCAGCGAGGAGGGGGUGACGCCUUCCUCAGGUGCUCCAGGCAGAAUCCAAAGCAUGAGCUCGUGUGCAAGUGGAGUGACGGCCAGGAGGGCACUGGCAAGCCGCCCUGCGCCAGGAGUUUUGGGACCAUGUAUGAACUCGUCACCCAUGUGACGGUUGAGCAUGUCGGAGGACCGGAGCACUCUGACUACGUUUGUCACUGGGAGAACUGCCCAAGAGACAGAAAGCCUUUCAAAGCCAAAUACAAGCUCGUCAACCACGUCAGAGUGCACACAGGAGAAAAGCCCUUUCCCUGCCCUUUUCAUGGAUGUGAAAAAGUUUUUGCCAGAUCCGAAAACCUCAAGAUUCACAAGAGAACGCAUACAGGUGAGAAACCGUUUAAAUGUGAGUUUGAGGGCUGCAAUCGAAGAUUUGCAAACAGCAGUGACCGGAAGAAGCAUUCUCACGUUCACUCCAGCGAUAAACCCUACACGUGCAAGGUCAGAGGCUGUGAAAAAUGUUACACACAUCCCAGCUCCUUGCGCAAACACAUGAAACUCCAUUGCAAGGCCUACAUUGCCAAAAUCGGCGAGGACGACGAGCACCUUGUAGAGGCCAGGUCUCCUGAGGUGACAGAACAGCAAGACACACCCGCUUCAACCACAGUGACGCGAACGAUGACGACCACCUCCCACGAGACUCUGUCUCCGGAGACGAGAAACGAGUCUGCUGUGAGGUCACGUUUCCAUCACACCUUUGAAAACACGUUGGACUAUACGGCGCACAGGCCACAGUCCCUUUUGGACCCUCUGUUGCUACAACGGGGCAGUUACAGACCCGAGUCUGUUCAGUACUCAUGCAACCAACCAAGCCAUACGUUCGCGCCCAGCCAUAGAACUUUUGCGUCAAACUCACCUUUCCAAAAAAGUCUGGUAAAUGGCUGGUACACCUGCCAUAGCGCCGUGGACACCUUUUCACCCAAACACUGUAACAGUGAUCUGUAAUGUCUGUAAUUCGGGCUUGUAAAAAGCAUUGACGGAUGACAGACGUGAGUUGCCUCCCAUGUAAAGCUGUCAUAAAGGCUUUUCAAUGUAGAA